AGGCUUUGCGGUGGCAACAACAGCAGCAGCAGCAGAAGCAAUGGCGGCCACGGUGGGCCUUUCCAGCCCGGCGGGACCGGCGGCCCGGGACGUCUUCGCCGAGGGGCUGCUGGAGUUCCUGCGGCCGGCCGUGGGGCAGCUCGACAGCCACGUCCACGCCGUCCGGGAGAGCCAGGUGGAGCUGCGGGAGCACAUCGACAGCCUGGCUGCAGAGCUCUGCCGGAUCAAUGAGGACCAGAAAGUUGCCCUGGAUUUGGAUCCCUAUGUCAAGAAGCUGCUCAACGCCAGGCGUAGAGUCGUCCUGGUGAACAACAUCCUGCAGAAUGCCCAGGAACGCCUGAGGAGGCUGAACCACAGCGUGGGUAAGGAGACCGCCCGGAGAAAGGCCUUCCUGGAUGCGAGUAGCAACUACCCCCAUAACUCUCCCAACAAGUGAGAAAGGGGGACGGUCUGAAGGCAAAAAUAAAUAAAUACAUAAAAAAUAAAAACAAAUCCGAGCUUGUGGCCAUUUCACAGGCACCCACAAACUCCUGAGCGAAUCUGGAAGGCGACCGAAAUGGGGGGGCUGCAUUUUGGGGUGCAGCCCAGAGGGAAGGAAUCCCGCUGGGCUUAAAUUUUGCAACGCGCGCUUGAAGCGGAGAGGAAAAAUUGAAGUAUUUUUUGAGUUGCAGAAGUGUUUGGAAUUCUACCCGUAGAGCGGAAGGAUGACUCCCUUUAAAUAGGAGCGGAAUUAUAAUAAAACAAUAACCUAAAAAGUUGGACUGUGAUUUUUCUCCCCAUUCACCCCAACUUUCUGGGGGGGAAAAAAUAAAAGUUUCGGCGAAAAUGAA